CCCAGAUGGAGAUGCCUGCGGGUCCAGCGGAGGGCAGGCAGAGGACUGGUACAGUGAAGAGGAAGAUGUGGGGGGGUCUGAGGCAGCAGUGGAAGCUACUGGGCCUGUUUGAGAUCGACCAGCAGCACGAUUUCUACAGCCUCACCUCUAUGAUGAAGGAAGGCCUCUCUGCAGCCGUGCAGAACACCAUCGACAACCCACCACCGGAUGAAUUGUCGGAAGAUGACUACAGAUUGGAGGUCACUCAAAUACAUAAGGCCUUCAGAAUGGAGACGUUUGCAGGGCCAGUGUUUGCCAGCUUGCGUCGCUCCCUGGGGAUGACAGAAAAGGAGUAUCAGCACUCUCUCUCCAACGACGGUUCCUACCUGCAGUUCAUCAGCAACUCCAAAAGCAAGGCCGACUUCUUUCUCACGAAUGAUAAGCGGUUCUUUCUGAAGACCCAGAACAAGAGAGAGGUGCAAUUCCUCCUGUCCAACCUAAGAAUCUACAUGGAGCACCUCGAGAAGUAUCCUCAUUCGCUGCUGGUCAAGUUCUUAGGUGUCCACAGGAUCAAAAUUCCACAUAGGAGGAAGAAGUACUUUAUUGUAAUGCAGAGUGUUUUUUACCCUGACGAUCGAAUCAAUGCCAGGUAUGACAUCAAGGGCUGUGAGGUGAGCCGGUGGACAGACCCAGCUCCAGAGGGAAGUCAGGUUAUCGUUGUUCUCAAGGACUUGAACUUCGAGGGCCAGUACAUCACUCUGGACCAGCACCGUCCAUGGCUGCUCCGGCAGGUGGAGAUUGACACGUCGUUCCUGCAGAGACUCAACGUGCUGGACUACAGCCUCCUGGUGGCUCAUCAGCCCCUGCACCAGGAUGAACGCCACCAGUGCCUGUCCUUCGCCAACCUUAUCAUGCGCACUAAAAAGUCAGUGAUCACAUGCUCAAGCCCCACCCAUGCGGGCAUGCCCACUGUUCCGGGGGCGGUCCCAGAGGAAGAUUCCGCCCUGUUGGUAUCAGAGAUGGACGGCGGGACAGGAAGUUGCAGCGUUACUGAGUCACGGGUAGGAAGUGACCUGGGCAGUGCCCCUUCCGGGAGACCCUGUACUGAGCAGCCGGUGGGAACGGUCACGGAUUCGUUGGAACUGCAAGACUUCCAGGCCCAGAACCGCCGGCUGCUGCCCAACUUCAGAAACCCGCUGCACGUCAUCGACGGACCGGAGCAUCGCUACUUUGUGGGCAUCAUCGACAUCUUCACUGUCUACAGCUUCAAGAAGAGGCUGGAGCAUUGGUGGAAGAGACUGCGGCACCCAGGGCAGGCCUUCUCAACCGUCAGCCCACCCGCUUACUGCCAUAGGCUCUGCCAGUGGGUACAGGACCACACCAGGUAGACUCAGAAAGAGGUCGAGGAUGAGGAUGGUUACUCCCACUAGCACGCUGUCUGCCCAGGGACACCCACGCACGCAAAUACACACACAAAGACUAGCAACUGUGACGCUGUUCAGAGACAUAAAGCUAUUCUUUUAAAGCACUGUAAUUUCAGAUUGACCAAGAGGCAGUUGUUUUCAUGUUUCCACGUGUCCAGACCAAAGCCAAAACGAACAUAAACCAUUAUAUGGAAAUAUAUUAUUCACCACAGCGGAUAAAUGGGUUCUCCUUCUUCAUAUUCUUUCAUUUUUUUUAAGUAACAAAGAAAAAGGUGCAACAUUUAAAAUGUAAUUGAUUAGCUGAUUUUCCAAAGUAUAAUAGUUUUUGAAUUGUUGAAGUUUAGUUCGUGAAUCAAUAAUGAAAACCAAAAUUAUUUUUCAAAUUUGCCAUCUGUUUUAAAAAAAAUAUUUUUUUACGUUUGACUCCUAUGGAUUUUUUUUCUCCUAAUUUAACUUUACACGUUUUGAUAAAUGUUGUAUAUUGUUAUGUUUUUUUUUAAGUGCCUUUCUUACGCACUUCUCAGUAGUUGGUAUUCAGACUUACUUAUGCAGGUGCGUAACGGCUUUGCAGUCGUGGUGCGUGCUGAAUACAUACACCUUUAAAUACGGUGUACCUUUCAUUUUGACAACAUUCACUAGAACGGGUUCAGAAUAUAAGGAUCAAUGAAUGAAACCCAUCUAAAGAUAUGCAUAUUCGUGUCUAUUUCAGGACCAACUAGUCGACCAACUAGUUUAUUUAGGCACAUUUUGGGUUAAGAAAGUAUGUAUGAAUCAUAAAAAAAAUACAGGGUUUGGAGAGCUUUUACACACUAAAUGCGGUGCAUUCGGAAAGUAUUCAGACCCAUCGAUCUUUUCCACAUUUUGUUACAUUACAGCCUUAUUCUAAAAUGGAUGAAACGAUCUACACACAAUACCCCCUUAAGGGGCGGCAGCGUAGCCUAGUGGUUAGAGUGUUGGACUAGUAACCGAAAGGUUGCAAGAUCAAAUCCCUGAACUGACAAGGUACAAAUCUGUCAUUCUGCCCUGAACAAGGUAGUUAACCCACUGUUCCUAGACCAGGCUGUCUUUGAAAAUAAGAUUUUGUUCUUAACUGACUUGCCUAGUAAAAUAAAUAAUGACAAAGCAAAAACAGGUUUUUAAGACAUUUUUGCAAAAUGUCAACAAAAAAACCCUGAAAUAUCACAUUUACAUAAGCAUUCAGACCUUUUACUCAGUACUUUGUUGAAGCUCCUUUGGCAGCGAUUACAGACUCGACUUUUCUUGAGUAUGACGCUACAAGCUUGGCACACAUGUAUUUGGGGAGUUUCUCCCAUUUGUUCUCUGUAGAUCAUCUCAAGCUCUGGAUGGGGAGUGUUGAGGCACAGCUAUUUUCAGGUUUCUCCAGAGAAGUCCGGGCUCUGGCUGAGCCACUCAAGGACUUUCAGAGACUUGUCCCGAAGCCACUACAGCAUUGCCUUGGCUGUGUUCUUAGGGCCUUUGUCCUGUUGGAAGGGGAAACGUCACCCCCAGUCUGAGGUCCUGAGCGCUCUGGAGCAGCUUUUCAUAAAGGAUCUCUUUACUUUGGUCCGUUCAUCUUUCCCUCCAUCCAGACUAGUCUCCCAGUCCCUGCUGUUGAAAAAUAUCCCGACAGCAUGAUGCUGCCACCACCAUGCUUCACCGUAGGGAUGGUGCCAGGUUUCCUCCAGACGUGACACUUGGCAUUCAGGCCACCGUUCCUAGUCCGUAAUUGAAAUUAAGAAUGUGUUCUUAACUGACUUGCCUAGUUAAAUAAAGAUUUUUAAAAAUCUAACUAAAGAUUGAUCAGCGAAAAUUUGUAUUUAAUCCAUUUUAGAAUAAGGCUGUAACAAAAUGUGUAAAUUGCCCAGGAGUCUGAAUACUUUCUGAAUGCACUGUAUAUUGAUGGAUAAAAAAAAUAGUGGUUUGAUUCAUCGUGAAAAUUUAAGUUUAACCCAUGAAAUAUUGGAAGGUGUAAAAAAAAAAAAAGUGUAGAAUAGGGGUUGAACAAUAGUCCUAUAUAUCUACACUAUCAUCACUAAUCGUGGAACUGUAUGACAAUGGUCCAGUCAUGGUAGACCGUGCACCAGGCUACAGGUUUAACCUGCUACGAGUGGCCUGAGUUCCAUACUGAUUCAAAUGUUCCAAAUUAUGGCACAGUGUUAGCCUAAUAUAAUCCACUAAUGCUCGCGACCCCCAGGAACAACUACACGGACUACACGGACGUGACAGAGGAAAGAAAUUGACAGUUAGAUGUGGGUAUUUUGGAUGAUGGUUCCCAAUUGUUCUCUCCACAACGAGAAGCUGAAUACACUCUGUAGCAAGUCAAUAAGUAUGUACGGCCUUUCUUCAUCCCCAUUGGUGAUUGAAUUCGCAUUUAAAAGUAGCAACAUAAAAUUAGGCUUAGUAUGAUAUGCACACAUAUAUAUACACACAAUAUUUAACCCGAUACAAAUCGUAAACCAAAACGUAGAAAAGCGCCAGCAAAGAUAUUAAAACUAGAAUCAUAAACCAAUUCGGUAGGUUGGGUGCUAUACUGUCUUUUGCUCAUUGGCUAUAAAAACCUAUACUAAAGCUUGGGUCUCUAUACUUAAUUCCUGCAAGUUAUAAGGCCAUCAUUUUAUAAACUUCACUAUGUGAAAGUUGAUAUGCUUCAGUUUGCUGCCAUGACUGGUUUCCCCAUUUGUCUCCAGCGAUCAUAAUAAGAUAAUAUAGAUCUAAAACAAGUGUAAUUUAUAUUUACAAUCCCCUUAUCCAAAUGGUUAACUCAUUUACUUACCUCUGAUCAAUAGCUCUUAUCAAUUUCUAAAUUACAGUGCAUGGAGAAUGCUGUUAUUUCAUUCGCAGAAAGAAAGUAAAUGCUUUUUCCACUUGGAACAGGCAGCUUUGCUCGACCUUAUUCAUGGUUUCCUCCCGCAUAAAGGUGGUGAAAUUAUGAGUUGAGUUAAGUUAAGCUCAGAAUAUGGCGUAUCUGUAGACAUACACCUUAAUUUCUUAGAUCUGCGCCCUGAACGAAUAGCAGGUGAAUAGCAUGCUAUUCUCAUACUUAAGGGGAUACCUCGGGAUUAUCUACUUGCCCAGAGUCAGAUGAACUCUGUGUCUAGUACAGAAGUUAGAGGUCAUUUUGUGAGCCAAAACAAACUCGUUUUAUUGCAAUGACUAGAAGUACAGUAUAUGGGUAUCUACUAGCAUGCUAGCAGAUACCUAUAGACUUCCAGUCAUUGCGCUAAUGCUAGUUAGUAACUUCCUUGAAACUGCACCAUUGCCAAAAUACCGAAGUAUCCCUUUAAGUUCAAUGUCAGAAUACAUAUAGAGAGAAAAAUGCAAAUUGUUCCAUUUCCGCGCGCAUAACUGUGGUCAGAACUCCGCCCCCAAGUGAAUAUACUCUCCUGAUACCACUGUGCAUGACUGUGGUCAGAACUCCGCCCCCAAGUGAAUAUACUCUCCUGAUACCACUGUGCAUAACUGUGGUCAGAACUCCGCCCCCAAGUGAAUAUACUCUCCUGAUACCACUGUGCAUGACUGUGGUUCUGCAGUAUAUUGUUUAUUUAUAUAUUCAUUAUGCAGUUAUGGCAAGGUCAGCAUAAAGGGGUAAUGUUUCAAAAUGCCGACAAACAGCUGUCAUUUUAUACGACUGCCUAGUGGCGCAGCGGUCUAAGGCACUGCAUCUCAGUGCAAGAGGCGUCACUCCAGUCCCUGGUUUGAAUCCAGGCUCUAUCACAUCCGGCCGUGAUGGGAGUCACGGAGGGCGGCAUAAUUGGCUCAGCGUCGUCCGGGUUUGACUGGGGUAGGCCAUCAUUGUAAGUAAGAAUUUGUUCUUAACUGACAUGCCUAGUUAAAUAAAUAAAUAAAUACAAAUUGUUAUUCGGAUGGUUUUUACGUUUUAGCUUAUUUUUGACUUACCUGAACUUGGGACACCCUAGGUAAGUUGAAAAUAAGCUAAAACGUGCGAACUAUCCCUUUAAUAAGCUAAAACGUGUGAAUUAUCCCUUUAAUGUUGUCUCAGCAGAGAUAUUACUUACACUGUCCAAUUUUACAGAAAAAUGCAGGCUACACACUUGGGGCCUCGAGUUCUUAGUAUUUGCUGUUGAAAAUAUAACCUAAAUGUGAUUUACACCUGCUCAGGUGCUCUCCAUUCUGCACCUCACCUGGGACACCCAGUGUCAGUCAGGGAAAUAUGUGGAUUUCGGAGGUUUUUCAAAUUGACUGGGUCAGAAUUGUUUUUCAAAGUAAGGCACUGUAUUUACAGGGUUUUUGUUGUCUCUGGAAAAAAAUAAUAAAUACCCUGAUUUAAGGACUGGGAUAUGUGGUGACCACAUGUUCACUAAUGUAGCCUCCUUCAUUGAUACAGUAAAGGGUGUGGAUUGGCAACUCCAACUCUCUCCUGGCUCAACUUGUUUAACCCCUAAGUCAUGUUUGUGCCUUCUGCCUGCAAAUGGUAUGUGCUGAAACCUUUUCUCAAUGCAUAAAUAACUUUACCGAGUUAA